UGGCACUUUCUUAUUACUUCCGGGUGAACGGGAUGUUGUGAAAAGCUGCAGGCUAACGCGUUUACCAUAUUUCAGGUUAUGAUUGUUAAAAGUCGAUGAAGACAAAUGUCUGCCUCUUCUGAACCGGGAGUAUCAAAAGCAAGGGAAUUAAAUCCAGCGACGCUCUCUGCGGGUAAAGCUCAGACAGCGGCGGCGUUAGUUGCUCAGGCCCGGAGCAAGAAACGAGCCGUCAGUCCCGCGACCCACACAACCCCGCAGCCAAACAACAACAACAACAGCAGCAGCAGCAGCAAAAAGAAGAAAACACCACCCGCGCCUUCAACUGCUCAGACUCAGAAUUUGUCACAGGUUGCUCCAGUGGAGUCGACCUCUGAAGGAAAACCAGUGGGGGCUGUUGACGUAGAGACUUCCACCAAAUGUCUUCCUUUUAAAAACCCCAGCUUUGUGCACUCAGGUAUUGGUGGAGCAGCAGCAGGGAAGAAAAAUCGGACGUGGAAAAAUCUCAAGCAGAUUUUAGCAGCGGAGAAAGCGCUGCCCUGGAAAAUCACUGAUCCUAACUAUUGCAGCAUAGAUGCGCCUCCUUCUAUGAAACCUGCUAAAAAGUACUCCGACAUAUCAGGUCUGCCGGCAAACUACACUGACCCUCAGACUAAACUGCGCUUUGCAUCGACAGAAGAGUUUUCCUACAUCCGUCAGCUGCCCACAGAUGUGGUGACUGGAUACCUGGCUCUCCGUAAAGCCACCUGCAUCGUGCCAUAAGAGAGAAUAUAAAACUUUUCUUAAUGCACUUUUAAAUGCUGUCUGACCAAUGGAUGUGAAGGACUGACAUACCUCUAUCACGUUCUGUUCCUUGUGUAUGUUUGUGUAUGUUUUACUGUUGCCUUUUUUAAUUUGAUUACCACACAAUAGUUACUUCUUUUUUUUUUUAGGUUUUCAGUCUGUUGUUUAAGUGAACUACUUGUAGUCUUAUGAUGUUGGUUUGGCUAAAUGAAAUACAAGAUCGUCUGUAUGUGUAACUUUGGUAAAAAAAGAACAAUACAAAGCAGUGUUGUCACA